AUGGUCAAAGCAGUAGAUCCAACAAUCAGCAUCAGGGUUCUGCAAGGUGUGGAGAAUCACUUCAAUUAUAAGGCAUCCUACAGAAAAAUUUUCCUUGCAAAGCAGAGAGUCAUUGCUAGAAUAUAUGGCGAUUGGGAAGAGUCAUACAACGAGUUUUCUCGUUGGUUAUUCACUAUGCAGAUCCUUGACCUAAUUCAGUUGACACGGUCAUGUUUCAUUGGAUUUUUUUGGACAUUUCCACUGUGUAUUGAGGCUUUUAAGCAUUGCAAGUCACUUAUUUUCAUCGAUAUCACUCACUUAUAUGGUAAAUACGGAGAAACAUUACUGAUGACUAUUGCUCAAGAUGACAAUGCAAACAUCUUACCUAUUGCAUUUGCCAUUGUUAAGGGUGAGAUGAAAGAGGCUUGGUCAUUCUUUCUUACGUAUCUGUGGCAGCAUGUCAAACCACAACUAGGCAUCUUAGUGAUUUCAGACAGACACAAAUCAAUUGAUGCUGCGUUGAACGUCGAGGGAAGAUUAUGGAAACCACUUCAUGCCUUUCAGGCAUUUUGUACAAGGCACAUUGCUACCAACUUCAUGACUCACUUCAAAAAUAAGGACUUGAAGAAGGUUCGGUAUGCGGAUGAGGGUCAUCAGUUUGGUCACAUGAUGACAAACACCUCAGAGUGCAUUAACAAUGUCAUGAAGGGUUCUCGGAAUUUUUUCAUCACGGCUCUUGUUAAGUCAAGUUAUUUCCGUUUGGGUGAACUUUUUGCUAGGAAUGAUUCAGAGGCCCUUGCCCAACUUCAAGUCGGUGCUGAAUUCUCACAAACGUUGAUGAAGUUUGAUCGGUCGAGGACUACCUUCACGGUUGGAGAGUUAGCGGCAGUGCCUGAGUCCAGGCAACAGAAUUACCAAAUGCUACUUGAUGAGGGUAAGUGUGAUUGUUGGUAUUUUCAGGCUCCUCAUAUUCUUCGCUAUUGCGUUCUUGCAGCUUGCUCUCAUGCACGACUUGAUUGGUAUAAAUUUGGUAGCGUUGGUUGA